CGUUUCAAGUCCUCCGUUUCCUAGAAAUGCACCUGCUUUUGUUCAACCAAUAGGCUCUCUGACACGGUUACAUCUCAAGUAUAUAAAAGGGUUAAAGUUAAAUUGUUGAAUUUACUUUGAAAGAAAGACGCAUCUUCAAAAAUCAUGGUGCCCCGCCGUUCACUUACAAUUGACACUGAGAACGCGACCAAGACGACAUACGUGGUCGGAACGGAGUUGACGGUGAAUUUAAACAGGUGUGCCCCACCACAGUCUAAGUUCUUCUCAAUAAAAUGCUCCCCAAACGUGCAUUACAAGGUCACGCCCCCGACCAAGGACAGGACCACCUCUCCGUACCCCCUCACCCCAAACUCUAUCCUCCUCAUCACCAUGGACACAGUCAGUGAGACUGCAUUUGACAGCAAGUUAUCUGUGAAGUACUACGGGGAGAAAACGGAGGCUCUUGAGGACGCUGUGCUGCAUCUAACAGCUGUCGAGAUAUCUCUGGACGUAGAUGCCGACCGAGAUGGCGUUGUUGAGAAAAACAAUCCGAACAAGGCAUCCUGGAAAUGGGGUCCUAAUGGCCACGGUGCAGUUUUGCUGGUCAACUGUGACUCCGAGAGCUCAUACGAGAAGAAAGUGGACAGUGAGAAGGAUGAGAUCAGUAAAGUUUCAGAUUUGCAGGACAUGUCCAAGAUGAUCUUGCGCACCAACGGGCCGUCUCAACUUCCUGAAGGCUAUAAACUGAGCAUGUACAUCUCGCAGACCACUUCAGAGAGCGUGAGAAUCUUUAGACCUCGGACAAAUGUGCAAAAAGACAACGUGUGGAAGCACAAACUCCUGAAGUUGUUUCUGAAAGAUUAUCUCAUGGUGGUGGGAACAGACAAGCUGACACAGGAAGUGCCCUACCUGGGAGGAAAAACUGAACUGAUGUUCUAUGUAGAAGGUCUUCGCUUCCCUGAUAAAGAUUUUGAUGGGCUCAUCACCAUCAACCUUAGUCUACUAGAGCCCAGUGGCAAGGAUUUCCCUGAAACACCCAUCUUUACAGAUAAAGUCAUAUUUCAUUUCUCACCCUGGAUCAUGACCCCUAACACCCUCAAACCUGUGGAGGUCUAUGUGUGCAGCACAACGGAUAACGUCUCAUUCCUGAAGAGUAUAAAGAAGCUGGUGGAGAAGAAUGGCUACAAACUUAAAAUAUGUUACGAGUACAUGAACCGAGGUGACCGCUGGAUGCAGGAUGAGCUUGAGUUUGGUUACAUUGACUCUCCCCAUCAUCGUUUUCCUGUUGUACUGGAUUCUCCUCGUGAUGGAAAACUUCAGGAUUUCCCCUACGAGUCCAUUCUGGGGCCAGACUUUGGAUAUGUGACCCGGAAUGCUUUGAAUGAGGAGGUGAGCAGUCUGGACUCCUUUGGUAACCUGGAGGUCAGUCCACCAGUCACAGUGAACGGGAAAAGUUACCCACUUGGCAGGAUCAUCAUUGGUGUGGCAUUCCCUACUGCAAAAGAUGGCCGCAACAUGACCCAAGUCGUCCAGGAAUUCCUGUGGGCACAGAAGGUUCAAGAGCCAAUAGCGCUCUUCUCUGAUUGGCUAAUUGUGGGUCAUGUGGACGAGUUCAUGACCUUCGUCCCAGCCCCUGACCGAAAGAAAUUCCGGUUGCUGCUGGCUAGCCCGGAUGCCGGAUAUAAAGUUUUCAAAAGCUUACAAAACACAGGACAUGGAAAAGAGGAAAUGUUUCCAGGAAUGCCAGAAGCCAUUACGGUUAAUGCCAUCCUGAGUGACAAAAAGCUACAGGCUGAAAACCGAUACGUGCAGAACUGCAUUGACUGGAACAGGGACGUGCUGAAGAAAGAACUGGGGUUGGAUGAUGAGGACAUCAUCGAUUUGCCCAUCCUGUUUAAACUGCAAGUAGAAAAAGAAGAGAAGGAAACAAGCCCCAGGGCCGUGGCUUACUAUCCCGACAUGGUGAACAUGAUCGUGUUGGGGGACCAGCUGGGCAUCCCAAAACCUUUCGGGCCCCAGGUGAAGGGCCGGUGUGCUCUGGAGACAAAGAUGUGUUCUCUUAUGGAGCCUCUAGGCCUUAAAUGUACCUUCAUUGAUGACUUUGCCCCAUACCACAAACUGCUGGGGGAAGUUCACUGCGGUUCCAAUGUUCGUCGAGAACCAUCCCCUUUCAGAUGGUGGAACAUAGAGCUGUGAGAGAGAGAGAGGGAGACUAGGAAGAAUAGAGACCUGUCAAGUGCCUACUAUGUCUAAAGCAGGAUUAAUGGGUGUUUUAACUAGUUCAUUCUAGCAAUAAACAAUGCAUACAGCCUUGUCCUUCAAGCAAAAUGGAAUAAUUCAUCUAAAAAUGUAAACUCUGUCAUCAUUUACUCACC